CGUGAAGAGAACGCUAGAGGUCCUGCCGCUGCUCCUCCUCCUCCUCCUCCUCUUCCUCCUCUGGUUGGUCUACUCUUCUUCGUCUUUUUUCUUCCUCAUUUUCGAUUUUCUUUCCGUGUCUCGUAUUUUUUAUCGUUUCCGUACUAUUAUAAGUUCGAUCUUUGGGAAUCUGUACGUGAUAAGGAUUUUUUUCGGUGAUUAUACAGAAUCUGUAUUUGAUUGUUUCAAGGAUUUCUGUUUGAGAAACUGGAUUUUUUAUGUUCGAAACUCUCUCCAGAACCAAUCAGAAAGUCUUCUUCUUUUGUUUUUUUCCCCAAAUCUAUCCGUUUGCGUCCAUCUUCUCAGUUAAACAGUCUGGUGAGGCUGAAAUCGUGAGUUUGUAAGUCCGAUUUGUUCUCAUUUUGUGAGAUAAGGAUCAGAGGAACCGACUGGAAAAUUUCCUUUUUGUAUCAGAUCUUCCGUUAUCUCUAGAUCCGGUGUUCUAGUUUUGUUUGGAUUGAAAUCGGCGGAUCUCAAGGAGUUACCAUGUUUUAAAAAAUUUAUUAAAAAUUUUAAUUAAUUUAAACAAAGCAAACCGGUGUGGCAUAUUUCGAUAAUGUCGGCGGCGACGUCUAGUUCUCCGCUGCAGCUCCGAAACCAUUCUUGUGGACUUCCUUCUCUCCGCAAAUCCUCCAUUGCUCCUCAAUUGAAUGUAACCUCUUUAAACUACCGGAAAACCCGAGCGGGGCGAUGUUUUGCUGUGAGACAGUCAACGCUUCUGGAGAAGAAGUUCUUGGGGACUCGAUUGCGUGGGUCUGGAUCCGAGAAGCAACACAUAUGGCAAUCGGACGGGCCAGGACGGGCUCCAAAGCUCCAUGUUGUUGUUCGCUCCUCAUUGUCCGGGGUGCCGGAGAAGCCGCUCGGUCUCUACGAUCCUUCUUUCGACAAGGACUCUUGCGGGGUGGGGUUCGUUGCUGAAUUAUCCGGCGAAAGUAGCCACAAAACGAUAGUGGAUGCUUUGGAGAUGUUAGUACGGAUGUCACAUAGAGGUGCUUGUGGUUGUGAGACAAACACCGGAGAUGGAGCAGGAAUUCUUACGUCGAUCCCUCACGAGUUCUAUUUGGAGGUUACUAAAGAUGUUGGUAUUAGUCUACCACCAGCCGGGGAAUAUGCAGUUGGCAUGUUCUUUCUGCCUACAUCAGACAGCCGAAGGGAAGAAAGCAAAAAUGUUUUCACCAAGGUUGCUGAGUCCCUUGGGCAUAAAGUGCUUGGUUGGCGUUCUGUACCAACAGAUAAUACGGGAUUGGGCAAUUCUGCAUUACAGACAGAGCCUGUGAUUGAACAAGUGUUUAUUACUCCUUCCCCAACCUCAGAAGCUGACCUUGAGCAACAGAUGUACAUAUUGAGGAGGCUUUCAAUGGUUGCUAUUCGAGCUGCAUUAAACCUUCAACAUGGUGGUUCCAGAGACUUUUAUAUAUGUUCUCUGUCCUCAAGGACUGUUGUCUAUAAAGGUCAGUUGAAACCUGAUCAGUUGAAGGCUUACUAUCAUGCAGAUAUUGGCGAUGAAAGGUUUACGAGCUACAUGGCCCUGAUACACUCCCGGUUUUCGACAAAUACAUUCCCUAGCUGGGAUCGUGCUCAGCCAAUGCGUAUCUUGGGCCAUAAUGGGGAAAUUAAUACACUCAGAGGCAAUGUAAACUGGAUGAAAGCACGAGAGGGUCUAUUAAAGUGCAAGGAGAUAGGGCUAUCAAAGAGUGAAUUGAAGAAGCUUCUUCCAAUUGUGGAUGCCAGUUCAUCUGAUUCAGGAGCUUUUGAUGGUGUCCUUGAACUUCUGGUUCGGGCUGGUAGAAGUCUUCCUGAAGCAAUUAUGAUGAUGAUCCCAGAAGCAUGGCAAAAUGAUAAGAACAUGGAUCCUCAUCGGAAGGCCUUGUAUGAAUACUUUUCUGCCCUAAUGGAGCCUUGGGAUGGGCCUGCUCUAAUAUCAUUUACUGAUGGCCGCUACCUAGGAGCCACAUUGGAUCGUAAUGGACUUCGUCCAGGUCGGUUUUACAUAACGCACAGUGGACGUGUUAUCAUGGCCAGUGAAGUUGGUGUAGUGGACAUAGCACCUGAAGAUAUUCUCAAGAAAGGAAGACUCAACCCUGGAAUGAUGCUUCUAGUGGAUUUUGAAAAGCAUGUUGUUGUGGAUGACGAAGCCUUGAAGCAGCAGUAUUCAAUGGCAAGGCCCUAUGGUGAAUGGCUUAAAAGGCAAAAGAUUGAACUCAAGGAUAUAGUUGAUUCAGUUCAGGAAUCAGAUAGGGUUGCUCCUAUGAUAGCUGGUGCUCUGCAUGUAUCUAACAAUGAUAAUAACAUGGAGAACAUGGGAGUUCACGGUCUAUUGGCGCCAUUGAAAGCUUUUGGCUACACUGUUGAGGCCCUGGAGAUGUUGCUGCUUCCCAUGGCAAAAGAUGGUACAGAGGCCCUUGGUUCAAUGGGAAAUGAUACUCCACUGGCAGUUAUGUCCAACCGGGAGAAACUCACUUUUGAAUACUUCAAGCAGAUGUUUGCUCAAGUAACAAACCCCCCAAUUGAUCCUAUCCGAGAGAAGAUAGUCACUUCCAUGGAAUGCAUGAUUGGUCCAGAAGGUGAUCUUACAGAAACAACAGAAGAACAAUGCAACCGUCUUUCUUUGAAAGGACCUCUAUUAUCAAUAGAAGAAGUGGAAGCAGUUAAAAAGAUGAACUACAGAAAUUGGAGAAGUAAAGUUCUUGACAUAACAUAUUUAAAAGAACAUGGGAGAAAGGGAUUGGAGGAGACCUUGGAUAGGAUUUGUGCUGAAGCAGAUAAAGCAAUAAAGGAAGGCUAUACAUUGUUGGUGCUUUCUGACAGAGCUUUCUCGUCAGAGCGUGUUGCUGUAAGCUCCCUCUUGGCUGUUGGUGCUGUUCAUCAGCAUCUUGUUAAAAAGCUUGAGCGCACACGAGUGGGAUUGAUAAUUGAAUCUGCUGAACCACGUGAAGUGCACCAUUUCUGUACUCUGGUUGGAUUUGGUGCAGAUGCUAUUUGCCCGUACUUGGCCAUAGAAGCCAUUUGGAGAUUGCAGGUUGAUGGCAAGAUUCCUGCAAAAGCUAGUGGUGAGUUCCACUCAAAGGAUGAGCUGGUCAAGAAGUACUUCAAGGCAAGCAACUAUGGAAUGAUGAAGGUUCUUGCAAAAAUGGGGAUAUCAACCUUGGCUUCAUACAAGGGUGCUCAGAUUUUUGAAGCCCUUGGUCUUUCAUCAGAAGUAAUAGAUAAGUGCUUUGCAGGAACUCCAAGCAGAGUUGAAGGUGCAACAUUUGAGAUGUUAGCCCGUGAUACUCUUCAUUUGCAUGAGUUAGCAUUUCCAUCUCGAGCAUUUCCUCCAGGAAGUGCAGAAGCUGUAGCACUGCCCAAUCCAGGAGAUUAUCACUGGAGGAAAGGAGGUGAAGUUCACCUGAAUGAUCCUCUUGCCAUAGCAAAGUUGCAAGAAGCUGCCAGGAGUAAUAGUGUAGCUGCUUACAAGGAAUAUUCCAAACGCAUUCAGGAAUUGAACAAAACCUGCAAUUUACGUGGGAUUCUGAAAUUUAAAGAGGCAGAUGUAAAAAUUCCAUUGGAUGAGGUGGAACCAGCUAGCGAGAUUGUCAAACGGUUUUGUACUGGGGCUAUGAGUUACGGAUCCAUAUCUCUUGAGGCACACACAACUUUGGCUAUUGCUAUGAAUAGAAUUGGAGGGAAAUCCAAUACAGGUGAGGGAGGUGAGCAACCAUCUCGUAUGGAACCCCUUCCUGAUGGUUCAAUGAACCCAAAAAGAAGUGCCAUCAAGCAGGUUGCAAGUGGGAGAUUUGGAGUUUCGAGCUUCUACCUUUCCAAUGCAGAUGAGCUGCAGAUAAAGAUGGCUCAGGGUGCCAAGCCUGGUGAGGGAGGUGAACUUCCUGGCCAUAAGGUUAUUGGAGACAUUGCUGUCACUAGAAAUUCUACGGCUGGGGUGGGGCUCAUCAGUCCGCCUCCGCAUCAUGAUAUCUAUUCAAUUGAGGACCUUGCACAAUUAAUUCAUGAUCUUAAGAAUGCCAAUCCAUCAGCCCGAGUUAGUGUUAAGCUGGUCUCUGAAGCUGGUGUGGGAGUAAUAGCCAGUGGGGUUGUCAAGGGGCAUGCUGAUCAUGUCUUAAUAUCUGGUCAUGAUGGGGGUACAGGAGCUUCACGAUGGACAGGCAUAAAAAAUGCCGGUCUACCAUGGGAACUUGGUUUGGCUGAGACCCAUCAAACCCUAGUUGCUAAUGAUCUUCGUGGUCGCAUGGUUCUGCAGACAGAUGGCCAACUGAAAACAGGAAAAGAUGUGGCAAUUGCUGCACUUCUUGGUGCUGAAGAGUUUGGCUUCAGUACUGCCCCACUGAUAACUCUUGGCUGCAUCAUGAUGAGAAAAUGCCACAAAAACACCUGUCCUGUUGGUAUUGCUACUCAAGAUCCAGUUCUCCGUGAAAAAUUUGCAGGAGAACCUGAACAUGUGAUUAACUUUUUCUUUAUACUAGCUGAGGAAGUGAGGGAAAUAAUGUCUCAGCUUGGUUUCCGCACUCUUAAUGAAAUGGUGGGUCGGUCAGACAUGCUUGAAGUUGAUAGUGAAGUUGUUAAGAACAAUGAGAAGUUGAAAAACAUUGAUCUCUCCCUGUUGCUCAGACCUGCUGCUGACAUUCGACCAGAAGCUGCUCAGUAUUGCAUCCAGAAACAGGAUCAUGGCUUGGACAUGGCAUUGGAUCAAAAGCUCAUUGAGCUAUCCAGUGCAGCUCUAGAGAAAGGUCUUCCAGUGUACAUUGAAACACCUAUAUUCAAUGUGAACCGUGCAGUUGGAACAAUGCUUAGUCAUGAAGUAACUAAGCAUUACCACCUGGCUGGGCUUGCUAAAGAUACCAUCCAUAUCAAACUCAAGGGAAGUGCUGGUCAGAGCCUUGGAGCUUUCCUCUGCCCUGGCAUUUUAUUGGAGCUUGAAGGUGAUAGCAAUGACUACGUGGGAAAAGGUUUAUCAGGUGGAAAAAUUGUUGUAUAUCCUCCAAGGGAAAGUCGGUUUGAUCCAAAAGAAAACAUAGUAAUUGGUAAUGUUGCUUUGUAUGGAGCCACCAGUGGGGAGGCAUACUUCAAUGGAAUGGCAGCAGAGAGAUUCUGUGUCCGUAAUUCAGGGGCAAAAGCAGUCGUUGAAGGUGUUGGUGAUCAUGGUUGUGAGUACAUGACAGGUGGGACUGUGGUUGUUCUUGGAAAGACUGGCAGAAACUUUGCUGCUGGUAUGAGUGGUGGUGUUGCAUAUGUUCUUGAUGUAGAUGGGAAAUUCCAUUCACGAUGCAAUCCUGAGCUUGUAGAUCUUGAUAAAGUUGAAGAAGAUGAUGAUAUAAUGAUGCUCAGAAUGAUGAUACAGCAACAUCAACGUUACACAGACAGCCAGUUAGCCAAAGAAGUACUUGCCAACUUUGAGAAUCUUCUGCCCAAAUUUAUAAAAGUCUUUCCUAGGGAUUACAAACGUGUUCUUGCAAAAAUGAGAGAAGAAGAAACCUCUAGAGAGGCUGCUGAAGCUGCUGAGGAGGAGGAUGAAAAAGAGUUGAUGGAAAAAGAUGCUUUUGAAGAGCUGAAGAAGUUGGCAGCUGCUUCCCUGAACAACAAAUCCAGUGAGGAUGCUGAACAAUUGAAGAGACCAACCCGAGUGUCUGAUGCUGUGAAACAUCGAGGUUUUAUUGCUUAUGACCGUGAAAGUAUCCAAUAUAGGGAUCCUAAUGCUCGGGUGAAUGACUGGAAGGAAGUUAUGGAGGAAUCAAAACCUGGGCCUCUUUUGAAGACCCAGUCUGCUCGCUGCAUGGACUGUGGGACUCCUUUUUGCCACCAGGAGCACUCUGGAUGCCCUCUUGGAAACAAAAUACCUGAAUUCAAUGAGCUAGUGUACCAGAAUAGAUGGCAUGAAGCAUUGGAUCGUCUUCUAGAGACAAAUAACUUCCCAGAGUUCACGGGGCGAGUGUGCCCUGCACCUUGUGAAGGUUCUUGUGUCCUUGGUAUUAUUGAGAAUCCUGUAUCCAUCAAAAGCAUUGAAUGUGCUAUCAUUGACAAGGCUUUUGAAGAAGGGUGGAUGGUACCACGGCCUCCUGUCAAGAGAACAGGGAAAAGGGUUGCUGUUGUUGGAAGUGGCCCAGCUGGUUUAGCAGCUGCUGAUCAACUAAAUAGAAUGGGUCACUCUGUGACUGUGUAUGAGCGUGCAGAUAGAAUUGGAGGGCUUAUGAUCUAUGGAGUUCCCAACAUGAAGGCUGACAAGGUGGAUGUAGUUCAGCGGAGGGUCAACCUUAUGGCUGAAGAGGGAAUUGAGUUUGUUGUCAACGCUAAUGUUGGAGUUGAUCCUUCAUACUCCCUUGAAAGGUUACGAGAGGAAAAUGAUGCCCUUGUUUUGGCUGUAGGAGCCACAAAACCAAGGGACCUCCCUGUACCUGGACGUGAGUUAUCUGGUGUCCAUUUUGCAAUGGAGUUCCUUCAUGCAAACACCAAAAGCUUGCUUGAUGGCAACCUGGACGAUGGUAAUUACAUAUCUGCGAAGGGCAAGAAAGUGGUGGUCAUUGGUGGCGGGGAUACUGGAACAGAUUGCAUAGGGACAUCAAUCCGACAUGGAUGUAGUAGCAUUGUAAAUUUAGAGCUUCUUCCUCAGCCUCCACAAACUAGGGCUCCUGGCAAUCCUUGGCCACAGUGGCCUCGUAUAUUCCGAGUAGAUUAUGGGCAUCAGGAAGCUGCUGCAAAAUUUGGUAAAGACCCAAGAUCUUAUGAGGUUUUGACAAAGCGGUUUGUGGGUGAUGAGAACGGGGUCGUGAAAGGACUUGAGGUUGUAAAAGUGAAGUGGGACAAAGAUGCCAGUGGCAAGUUUCAAUUCAAGGAAGUUGAGGGCUCUGAGGAAAUAAUUGAGGCUGACCUGGUCUUCCUAGCUAUGGGUUUCCUUGGUCCAGAGUCGACGGUGGCAGAGAAGUUGGGAGUGGAGCGUGACAACCGUUCAAACUUCAAGGCAGAUUAUGGCCGCUUCUCAACCAGUGUAGAAGGAAUUUUUGCAGCUGGGGAUUGUCGGCGGGGUCAGUCACUGGUUGUCUGGGCAAUCUCAGAAGGACGACAGGCUGCUGCACAGGUAGACAAAUACCUAACUUCAGUUCUCAGCCAAGAUGAUCAGGUCAAAAGACCCCAAGAUGUUAUGCAGAGGCAGCAAACUGUCAUGACAUAGGUGAAUUGAAUUUUCUUUCCUUCCCCACCAUAGUACUUCCGAUACAGAUUUGAGAGAUUGUUUCAAAUUCAGUGAAACCUGGGUAAUGGUGAAGGCAAUUAAGCAUUUGCAUUUGCAUUUGCGUGGAUAACCGCCCAUAAGGAUGGGUAAUGGCCGGGACUUGGGAAGUUGGCAAUGGAAGUGAAUGAAUUGGUGGAGCAGUGUAAGCAUGGAUUUGGUAAUAAGGUUGAGCAGGAACAGUAGGUGCCUGUAUUUGGACUGGUGUAGAUUUCAAGCUCUUAGGGUUUUUCAUUUUUGGGGGGUAAAUCUAUAGUUUUGGCCUGGUUUGUUGAAGGGUUAGGGGUUAAAUCUAUAGUUUUACUUGGUUUGUUCAAGUGUUACCGCCAUGUCUGUGUUAAAAAGGAAUAAUGUACAGUAUUGUUUCUUAAUCUUUUGAUCGGGAAAUAUAUGGUGCUUUUUUCG